UAUCACAUUUAUUUGGUUCGAAUUCGGCUAAUAGUUUUCAGAUGUACCAAAUGCCCCAACAAAUGCACGUGUCCUAGAAGUGAGUAGCGACGCUGUACUUUUGGACUGGAGCGCUCCAGAAGAUGAUGGUGGAAGUAAAAUUGUUGGCUAUGUUGUGGAAAAGAAAGAAAUUAAUCGCCGAGCUUUCCGUCGUGUCAUUCAGCUAAAAAAUGAUAGGACGAGCUGCUUGGUUGAAGAGCUUGACGCCGAUUCCGAAUAUAUAUUCCGCAUAGCUGCAAUUAACAAAUAUGGAAUUGGUGAUUUUGUCGAAUUUCCAUCCAUAUGCACCGCUGUGACAGUUGAAGAAGUGGAAGAGGUGCCUGAAAAGCCAAAGAGGGCAGAGGAAGCUCCAGAAAAAAUUGGUGAGGAAGGACAAGAAUUUGUAAAAUUAGAAGAGGAAAUAUCAAAAGAACUGGCAAAACCAGUCGAAGAAACAAUCACUGAGGCUAAAGAAGAUGAAGAGUACAAAAAGGUCCCUAGCAAGCAUCCUGAACAAGAGCGAGAGGAGGCUGCCGAGAUUGCUGUUGAACUGGAAGUCGGCGAAAUCACGAAAGAAGAAGAAAAAGAAGUAGAAGUUGCCGAAACUGUAAAGAUUGCUGAAAAAGUUAAAGAAGCGGCGCAAAAAGAAGAGGAACCUGUAAUUAAGAAAAAGAAAGCUGCGAAGAAGAAACCAAGUAAAGAGGAACAGAAAGAGGUCAUUUCAGUUGUGGAAAAACCUGCAGAGUUAGCAGAAACAGCGGAAAUUUCUGCAGAGGAAACUAAAUAUCAGCAGCGGCUGAUUCUGGAGGGACUGGAGAUUUCGGAACCAGUAAAAGUAGAAGUCGAAAAGCAACGAGUUGAGGAAGCACUUCUUGAAGAAAAGGAGAAACAAUAUGAAACAAAAGAGAAAGAUCUGCUGUUACCUGCGGAAGCGGGGGCUGAUAUAUCCCUCACAAAAGUUAUAAGUGGUGAGGAAGGUGCUGUGGCCGAAAAGGAAGUUCCAAAAAAGAAAAAAUCAAAAGUAAAGAAGAAGCUGCCUUUAGACAGUAAAGAAUUAAAAGGAAAGCCAAGUGAAGAUGAAGCGAAAUUAGAAAAAGAGUUGGCAAAGCCGACUGAAAAAAUACCUGAAGAGGUAGCUAAAAUACUUGAAGUGGAAGGACCCGUAGACUCCGAAGUCGUUGCUGAGUAUCAGAUUAAAGUGAAAGAAGCGCAGGAAGAAGCGAGAGAAGGUGCUGAUGUUGAAUUAGCCCUCAGGAUGGCACUCGUUUCUGAGGAGGAAAUGCCGCAACUAGAAGAAGCCAUGAAAUUUGAAAAGGUGCCAGAUACUUCGGCGGCCUCAUCAACAAUCUCUAGCGAUGAAGGUGCCCCGAGUAUGCGUCAAUUGCGCAAGCGUCGCAAUGGCUUUGCCAUUCCGCCAGAACAAGAAAUUCUCGCAUUCCGGGGUGAUACGGUCAAAAUUGAAUGUGAACUGUUCGACGAAAGUGAUACACUGAUUUGGACAAUUAAUGGAAGACCGGCAUCGGACGACGCUAGAUGCAUCGAAAUCGUGGAUGGUUACAUGAGAAUCCUGCAGAUUGAAAAAGUUGUGCCCGAAGAUACUAAAACGAUCGUCACAGCGAACGUCAAUGAGCAUUACGCAGAAUCGCGUUUGAUUGUUGACGAUACACCGGCUGAAAUCACUGAAAAGCUGCCACGCAAGAGUACUGGCAAAAUGGGUGAUACUGUAAAACUAUCGAUAACUGUAUCGCAUCCAACACAGAACGUCCAAUGGUUUUUCGACAGCCAACCUUUAUCCGAAAUUAGCGAUCAGUUCGAAACUGUAGCUGAAGAUGACAAACUCAGUUUGCUUAUCAAGAACGUCAACUAUGAUCAAGCCGGUCGUUAUUCGGUUAGAGUGGAUUCGGCGGAAACGUCAACCGUACUGAUCAUAGAAGGAUUCCCAAUAAUUCAAGAAGCCGAACUUCUACCACCAACUGUUGAGCUGGAAUCACAGGAGAACUUGGUGUUGACAGUACCUUUCAAGGCAGUGCCAGAGCCAGUGCUGGAAUGUCUCUUCAACGGCGAACAAAUUCCGAGCAGUUUGAAAGUGCAAUUGGAUAUUUUCAACGACACGGUACGCUUCUGCAAGCGCAAGGUGAGCAGAAAUGAUGCUGGCCAGUACGCUGUCAAAAUCAAGAAUGAAUAUGGAGAAGUGGUGCAAACGUUCGACGUGAAUGUCAAAGGUCAGGUUUUUAGAUUAAUAAAUUGCCUUUUGUCUGACUUGACCGUUUGUCCGUAUCUUCUAAAUCUUAUCCAUGCUAUAAAUUUUUUUUGUUUUUUGCUUCGGAAGAAGAGGCCAGUUUUGACUGCUCAUCCUUUCAGUUUAGGUAUCCGUUAUCAUUAAAC